AUGUUACGUUAUGUUCGCGACUAGAUUCGCGUCGGUGCGAAUGUCAAAGAAAAGUCAAAACAAAGAUUGCAUCGGUUUGGGUGCUCGUAACAACAAUAACAUUAGUAAAAUGUGUUUAUGAAUUGUGUAAAUAGUUUGCGUUUGUGAAUUGCGAUUGGUGGAUCAAGAGCAACACCGAUCACGAUCAUCGCGUGAAGGAUGUCAGUUUACUUUGUGAACGCGGAGACGAACGAGGUGGAACAGAAACCGGAGACGCACACCACCUGCAGCGAUGAUCAGUCGCAGACGCAGAGCGAGGCUCAGGCCGCUCUCCUCCAGUUCUGGCCGAAGAUCACGGAGGAAAUCAAGCAGAUUCGGACGAUGGAUCUGAAGCAGCAGGCGUUACCGUUGGCUCGUAUCAAGAAAAUAAUGAAGCUGGACGAGGACGUUAAGAUGAUCUCGGCGGAGGCGCCGAUGCUGUUCGCCAAGGCCGCCGAGAUCUUCAUACACGAGCUGACGCUUCGCUCAUGGAUCCAUACGGAGGAUAACAAGAGGCGAACGCUGCAGCGUAACGAUAUCGCGAUGGCGAUAACGAAAUUCGACCAGUUUGAUUUUCUGAUUGAUAUCGUGCCCCGGGACGACAUCAAGCCGAGUAAACCGAAGGAGGAGACGAGCAAGGUGAAUCCGGAUCAGGUGCAGUACUACUUUCAGCUCGCGCAGCAGCACCACGCCAACCUGCAGCAGAACACGACGGCCACGGCGACCGCAACACCGCAGGGCACGAUACAGGUGGUGCAGCAGCAGCAGCAGCAACAACAGCAGCAGCAGCCGCAGACAACGAUACAGGCCGUCCACGUGAGUCCGGCGAUUGAGGCUACAACGCCUCCGUCACCGUCGAGCGGUGGUCAGGCCACGGUGAUGAUACAGUCGCAACAGCAGCAACAGGUGCAGACCAGUCCGACGUCGGCCGCGUCGCAAGCUGGGCUUCAGAUAGUGCAGCAGAUCGUGACGCCCAGUGGAGAGGUGCAGCAGAUUCCGAUUCAGUUGUCGCCGCAGCAGUUGCAGCUUAUUCGGAUGCAACUGCAGGGUAACUCGUCGCAACCGAUCAUCAUACAGGCUGCACCUAUACAGGCGGCCGCUCAACCCCAGCUGAUACAAGUGCAACAGAACGCGGCGACUCCUGCUGCGGUCUUCCUCACCCAAGCCAACGGAUCCACAGACACUGAAUAAUUAAUUUUAUUAUACCUUUAAUUUAAGUAUUGUUUUUUUUCUUCUUCUGUUACUAUUAAGUUAGUUUAUUUUUCAAUCUCUCUCUUGUUUUUUUUUUAAGUGUACAAAAAGGAAAGGUUGAUUUUUUUUUUUGAUGGAAUUAAAGAGAUCCCAAACAAACUGGCUGACACAACUAUCAUUUUUCACUGUUUAACCAUGCU